CUUUCUCCCGCCCUCUUUUUCCCCUGAUGGAGGGAUGCAGGCUUCCUCCUCCGUGAAGAAUCUGCAGGAAUAAACGGAAACGCCCAGGAGCAAGAUGACGGAAGGACGUAUCUGCCAAGUUCAUCUUCUGGACAACAGAAAACUGGAGCUGCUGGUUCAGCCAAAGCUGUUGUCCCGCGAGCUUCUGGAUUUAGUCUCGUCCCACUUCAACCUGAAAGAGAAAGAGUACUUUGGCUUCACGUUCGUCGAUGACACUGGUCAAUGUAGAUGGCUGCAGUUGGACCGCAGAGUACUGGAACAUGACUUUUCCAAGAAGACGGGACCCAUCGCUCUCAACUUCCUGGUUAGGUUUUACAUCGAGACUAUUUCCCUGCUGAAAGAGCACACGACGGUGGAGCUGUUCUUCCUCAAUGCUAAAACCGGUAUCUAUAACGGCGACAUUGAGGUGGACAGUGAACUGGUAUUCAAAUUGGCUGCUCACGUACUGCAGGAAGCUAAAGGAGAUUAUACAAGUGAUGAAGCCACCAGAGAAGAUUUAAAGAAACUCCCAACUCUCCCAACGAAAGUGCUGAAGGAGCAUCCAUCUCUGGCGUACUGUGAGGAGAAAAUGAUCGAGCAGUAUAAGCUGCUAAAGGGUGUGUCGAGAGGACAGGCUAUCGUACAGUAUCUAACGAUGGUCGAGUCGCUGCCUACAUACGGAGUCCACUACUACAAAGUGAAGGAUAAACAGGGCAUGCCGUGGUGGCUCGGGAUCAGCUAUAGGGGAAUCGGCCAAUAUGAUAUCCAGGACAAAGUCAAACCUCGGCGGCUGUUCCAGUGGAAGCAGUUGGAGAAUCUUUACUUCAGAGAGAAGAAGUUUGCAGUGGAGGUGAACGACCCUCACAGGCGAGCAGUGACUAAGCGUACGUUCGGACAGACUGGUUUAGUGAUUUAUACGUGGUAUGCUAAUCACUCUCUGAUCAAAACCAUCUGGGUGAUGGCCAUCAGUCAGCAUCAGUUCUACCUCGAUCGAAAACAGAGCAAGGCUAAAAUGACCGCAGCCAGGAGUUUAGGAGACAUCGCUGUGGACUUGACAGAAAACGGAGCAGCAAAAACCACUAAACUUAAUGUAGGGACCAAAAAUCAGCUCAUCAUGGCCAGCAACGGGAGUCUCGUCUCAACUGGUUCUGCAGACUCCGAGAUGAAUGACGAGCAGAAAAAAGAGAAGCUGGCUGAAUUACGGUUGAAGGAGAAACAAAUCCAGGAUGUAUUGAGCCUAAAAAUGGCCGAGCUGAAAGAGAUAUGUCUGAGGGAAGCGGAGCUGACUGGUAAACUCCCCAAAGAGUACCCGAUGAGUGCCGGUGAGAAACCUCCUGGCGUCAGGAGGAGAAUCGGCACAUCUUUCAAACUGGAUGAGCUUUUCCCCUAUAACGAGGAUCCGUACCUGAGGAACCUGGAGAGUCGUUUUGCCCUGCAAAGGAAGAUCGUGGAAGCGGCAAAAAAGCUGGCAUCCGAACCCGAAAUAGGCAAAACGGUGAAGAAGAAGCGGAGGAGGAACUGUCUGGAUGCCAUGCAGAAGCUACAGGAGAUUGAGGAUGAGAUGAACCGCUACCGUGUGAAAAAGGGCAAAAGACCCAAGCAGAGGGCCUCGCGGAUCAUCGCUGAAGAACUGGGUCAGUCAGAAUGCAGCUCUCUUUCUGACAGCAUUCCUCUAGAUGACAAUGAUGUUAGUCAGCGGCGGCGAUCUCGCUCCUUGCAGUGCUCUCCGUUGCUUAGCGCUCCUCCUCCGGUCAGCCUUGACUACGAUACACAGAGACGAUCCUCUGAGAGCGACACACACCAUGACACUGCGCUGAGCAGACUCGAGUGUGAUUCUCAGUCUGGUUUGUACUACACCUCUAAUGACGCCUCCUCAGCCUGCAGCAGUCCGUAUAAAACCGUCCCUCGCAGGCAGGCGGAGCUUCACAACGUGGCGCAGACGCUCGCCAUGACCCGGAAUGCCUACAGCAGCAGCCAGCUUGGGUCCGAAGGUCCAGCUCACGCAUUCCGACAUCGCAGCGGAAGCCUGGAGUCGCAAUCUAAUUUCCUCUGUUAUUCCGGUUCGGAGAGAUCUGUUUUUCCAGGUCGUCGCAGCAACAGCUCUGAGGUCCUGGACGAUUGCUCGAGUGUGUCUAGCGCUGAUUUCGGUCCUCCUUGUCCUUCCACACCUCCGUACCUCACCACUUUAUCCCUCCAUCACCAACACAGCACGGGCAGCAUGCCAAACCUGGUGCCCCACCAUACACACCCUCAUGCUCACACACACACUCACCCUCGCACACCGUACAGCCCUGCUGCAUAUUACUUACCCGGCUAUGCCACUGCUGACUAUGAGCCCUACACUAACGCCAAUGCUAAUGGUGCUUACGUAUACGAGAAUGAACUUGAAGGACACUACAACGUCAACCCUUCAUAUCACGCACAUGGGUACCAUGGCAACGGGCGCAGUAAGAAUUACGGGAUGGUGCACAAUCCCUAUGCAACCUUAAGACCUCCAAGGAGCAGGAAUGAACUUUUGGCCAAAAGCAUGCAGAAAGCACUAGUGGUGGAGCAUCUGAGAGGCUGGUACAACCGCAACACUGCAGCACGGAGGCCAGUCUACGGCUACGAAUAUGACCGAGGCUACCCACAUCAUCUCGGGUAUCAAACUCUACCAGCUCCAUUUAGCAGAUCCAGCAGAACCAGCUCUUAUUCUUCAGUGUCCUCUACAGCUAGCGGAGGGCAAAACUGGCACGGCAAUGCAGAUUUAGGGCGGAGUGAGAGUGAAGUGGAUGGAGAUGUGACACCAACAUCCCAAAAGUCCUUUGCUGGUGCCUACAGUCCUACUCGCAGCAGGUUUCAUGCUGAAUGCAGUCCGUCAAGGCUGGCCGAUUCACUCCCACACACUUCAGAAUGUGGCGAGGUAUUCAGUAACGAUACAGACCAUUAGAAGAAGCACAACAGGAUAGGUGGACCAAAUCACUACAAAAGCAGCACAGCAGAAAUGGGGGUGGAAUGUCUUCAACCGUUUCCUGGAAAAAGUGAAUGAAAAAAUAUAUAUAAAAUAAAGAUUUUUUUUUUUAUUGUGCCUUGGAAUAGAAAGUUCAGUCGGAGGGGGUCUAAUCAGUCGGAGGGGGUCUAAUCAGAGCGAAAUGUGGAAAAAGUGGUGAUAAAUUUCGAUUGAAAGUUUCAGUAGGGUUCAAAUCUCGAGCUAAUCCAAGCUUGAUCAGGGGUAUCAGUCCUAAUCUACUGACACUCGUGCUAUGUAUUUAACUGAGAGUGUAGUAAGCCCCUAGUUCCUUUGCCUAAUAACGAUUGCUUCAGAACCCAGGCUGCUGGCAGUCAGAUAAAAGCUGUCUCAAAUCAUGAGUUAUUUAACUGUGAGCUCUGUGAGAGGCUAAUAUGUAGUUGCUGUACUAGAGAGGAUAGGAAAGGGAAGAUAAACAAGUAAGAAAGUGUGAUCUAUACAGCAUAUUUUAAAAUGGCUGCAAAUACACUGAAAGUAAUGAAGAGGGACGAUUUGUUUUCAGCCAUUUUGUUCUUGUUUUUCCACUGGAAGCUCAAUGACUUAGUGGCGUUUAGCACUCAAUUUAAGUGGUCGGUUUUUAUACCAAAUGCCCAGGUAUUAGAUAGUCCAGAACAACGUGUAUAGUGUGAGUCCACAGGGCACAAUGUGAACAAUUGUUAGUUUUUUUUUUUAUCUGAAUUUGAGCUAAAAGUGUGUACAGGUCACAACAGACCAACUUUGUUAUCACUAUUAUGGGUUAUGGGAUUGUCUCGAAAAGGUCCUCAGAAGUCAUGGGCUACUUAGACAGACCCCCCUCUCCAGGGACAGCUGUCCAUGGUGAUUAUUACCGUAUAUAAUACAGGAUAACGAUUCUGGGGAUGGAGAUUUUGUGGUUUUGGUGAAUCUAGCCAUAAUAAAUCAAGCUGCCUUUUUACACUCUGUUACAGUUCUAUAGCACUGAAUCUUUGUUUUUAUUUAAUUUUUUUUAAGAUAAAUGAAUGUUACAAUGUUAAAAGAAUUCCUAAUGCCUUUUGACUGUACAAAAGCAAACUAAUGUCUGAAAAAAAGAAAAGAAACGGGAACGUAAAUAUGAAAACGGUCCAACACCGAGCGCACAACCCGAAGAUCAACAUACGAAACACUGUAAUAUAAUGUAAUGUAAUUUAGUUCUUCGUAGGACUCAAACUAGAAAAAAAAGUUCAACUAGUAAC